UUGCCAUGUUGGCCAGGCUGGUCUUGAACUCCUGACCUCAGGUGAUCCUCCUGCCUCAGCCUCCCAAAGUGCUGGGAUUACAAGCGUGAGCCAUUUUCUAAUCAUACAUUAGAAAAUGCCCAGCCAGCAUUUUCUAAUGUAUGAUUUCUUUGUGGACCCACUGGCGAUUUAGGAAAGCGGUGUUUCAUUUUCACAGAUCAGUAAAUAUUUGUCAAGCACCCACACUGUGCCAGGUGCAAUGCUAAGUGCUGGGGUCACAGAGGCGAGCUAGACAGGCCAAGUCCUUGCUUUCCUAGAGAGGGGCCAAACAGUAAACACACAGAAAAGGAGUAUCAAUAAGUUGCUGGUAAUAACUAUGAUGAAUAACCUACAGCUGAUCAGGGGGCCAGAGAGUGAUGGGGUGGGGAGUGCUGAAUAGAGACCCAAGGAGGCUCCUGUGGGAGCCUUCUUGAAAUCUGGGGAAGAACAUUCCAGGCAGAGGAGAGCGUAACCACCACUGUCUCCUACCAGGCCCCUUGUAUAGACACCCCUCAUAGCCCAGAGGACACCUCUCAAUGAAGCUCUUAUCCUGAUAGUUCCACCCUCACCUUCCUUCACUCUGGGAACAAUCCCCGGUGAAACACUGCCAUGGGGGCAGGGGUGGGAAUGGGGUUCAAGCCCACUGAUCUGGACUCUUACCCUGUGACUACUGGCAACUCACUUUACCUCUCCGUGCCUUCAUUUUCUAAUUUAUCCAGUGGCGGUAACAGCUGCUCCUAUUUCUUAGCUUCCAAGCUGUGGCACCCUAGGGCUGCUAUGGCGCCUGGGGGCUGCUCAGCUGCUCCUAUUUCUUAGAGUUGUGGGGAGUCAGUGAAUUAAUAUGUGUAAUGUGCUUAGAACAGUGGCUGGCCUCUAGGAAGUGCCCAAUCAGUGGUAGCUGUGAUUAAUGUGUGCUCUGAUGGAGGCAAGCUAGGUCAGUGGCUUCUUUCCCCAAACACUCUUCCCUCCCUCCCCAUAGCACCCUAAGUCACCCCCUGCUCCCUGCAUCCUUACAGCCUGCGCUUUCCUCCCUGUCCAGUCAGCCCCCUCCAGAGCUGUCUCCCCAACUUAGGUUCCGCCUACAGCCUUCCAAUUACCACCCUAGCCAUGCCUGUCCUCUUUCCAGAGAUCAGAUUAAACGGAGGGGGUGUGAAGGGCAUGGGAUGUUGAGUCUUGUCCAAGGACAAGGACACCCAGAGCUAGAGACUAAAAAUAUCUCACUCCAGGAUGGCGUUUGGGGUGGAAGAGACACUCACCCCUUACCUGUGGGAGGAGAGAGCAGCCCGAUGGAUAGAGAAUAAAGGGCCCAGGCCUGGGGUCUCGCAUCUCCUACUUGCCGGAGAUGGAGGCGAACCCAGUGGGCAGCGGAGGCGGGAGCAGCGGCCUUGGGGGCGAGGACGGGGUGCACUUCCAGAGCUACCCCUUCGACUUUCUGGAAUUCCUCAACCACCAGCGCUUCGAGCCCAUGGAACUGUAUGGGGAACACGCCAAGGCAGUGGCGGCCCUGCCCUGUGCCCCCGGCCCCCCACCGCAGCCCCCGCCGCAGCCCCCGCCCCCGCAGUAUGACUACCCGCCCCAGUCCACCUUCAAGCCCAAGGCGGAGGUGCCCUCCUCGUCCUCCUCAUCCUCCUCUUCCUCCUCUUCAUCUUCCUCGUCCUCAUCUUCGUCCUCUUCCUCUUCUCAAGCCAAGAAGCCCGAUCCACCCCUGCCGCCCGCCUUUGGGGCACCCCCUCCUCCCCUCUUUGACGCUGCUUUCCCCACCCCACAGUGGGGCAUCGUGGACCUCUCCGGACAUCAGCACUUGUUUGGGAACCUGAAGCGAGGAGGGCCUGCGUCCGGGCCAGGGGUGACACCCGGGCUGGGCGCUCCCGCGGGGGCCCCAGGGCCACUUCCCGCCCCCUCACAGACGCCGCCGGGACCCCCAGCGGCAGCGGCCUGCGACCCCACCAAGGAUGACAAGGGCUACUUCCGGAGGCUGAAGUACCUGAUGGAGCGGCGCUUCCCCUGCGGCGUGUGCCAGAAGUCCUUCAAGCAGUCCUCGCACCUGGUCCAGCACAUGCUGGUGCACUCGGGAGAGCGGCCCUAUGAGUGCGGCGUGUGCGGCCGCACCUACAACCACGUGUCAAGCCUCAUCCGCCACCGCCGCUGCCACAAGGACGUGCCCCCUGCCGCAGGGGGCCCGCCCCAGCCUGGCCCCCAGCUCCCGCAGCUGGGCCUCCCGGCGCCCGCUGCCAGCACUGCAGCUGCUGCCGCUGCCCCCUCCACCGUGUCCUCGGGUCCUCCCGCCACGCCCACGGCUCCCGCCCCCUCCACAGAUGGUAGUGCUGCCCCUGCUGGUGUUGGGGUGGCCCCUCCCGCCACCGGGGGUGGCGACGGCCCGUUCGCCUGCCCGCUCUGCUGGAAGGUUUUCAAGAAGCCCAGUCACCUGCACCAGCACCAGAUCAUCCACACAGGCGAGAAGCCCUUCUCCUGCUCCGUGUGCAGCAAGAGCUUCAACCGCAGGGAGAGCCUGAAGCGCCACGUGAAGACGCACUCCGCCGACCUGCUGCGCCUGCCCUGUGGCAUCUGCGGAAAAGCCUUCCGCGACGCCUCCUACCUCCUCAAGCACCAGGCGGCCCAUGCGGGCGCGGGGGGACCGCGGCCCGUGUACCCCUGCGACCUUUGUGGCAAGUCCUACUCUGCGCCGCAGAGCCUGCUCCGCCACAAGGCCGCCCACGCCCCGCCCGCUGCGGCCCCCGCCACCGAGGCACCAAAGGACGGGGCGGCCUCCGCUCCGCAGCCCCCGCCCACCUUUCCCCCAGGCCCGUAUCUCCUGCCCCCUGAUCCUCCCGCCACCGACAGUGAGAAGGCGGCAGCGGCAGCUGCAGCAGUGGUGUAUGGUGCCAUGCCCGUCCCGCUACUGGGUGCCCAUCCGCUGCUGCUCGGCAGCGCGGGGACCAGUGGGGCGGGAGGCUCGGGCGCCAGCGUCCCGGGAAAGACGUUCUGCUGCGGCAUCUGCGGGCGCGGCUUCGGGCGCCGCGAGACCCUGAAGCGCCAUGAGCGCAUCCAUACGGGCGAGAAGCCCCACCAGUGCCCUGUGUGCGGGAAACGCUUCCGUGAAUCCUUCCACUUGAGUAAGCACCACGUGGUGCACACGCGCGAGCGGCCAUACAAGUGCGAGCUGUGCGGCAAGGUCUUCGGCUACCCUCAGAGCCUCACCCGCCACCGCCAGGUGCACCGGCUCCAGCUGCCCUGCGCCCUGGCUGGGGCCGCGGGUCUCCCCUCCACCCAGGGCGCACCGGGGGCCUGUGGGCCGGGGGCCUCGGGCGCAUCCGCGGGGCCCGCCGAUGGGCUGAGCUAUGCCUGCUCGGACUGCGGCGAGCACUUCCCGGAUCUCUUUCACGUCAUGAGCCACAAGGAGGCCCACAUGGCAGAGAAGCCAUACGGCUGCGACGCCUGUGGCAAGACCUUCGGCUUCAUCGAGAACCUCAUGUGGCACAAGCUGGUCCACCAGGCCGCCCCUGAGCGCCUGCUCCCGCCCACACCCGGCGGCACACAGCCCCCAGACGGCCCCAGCGGCACGGAUGCGGCCAGCGUGCUGGACAAUGGGCUGGCAGGGGAGGUGGGGGCAGCUGUGGCGGCGCUAGCUGGGGUAUCCGGAGGCGAGGACGCAGGCGGGGCCGCAGUGGCGGGGGCCGGCGGGGGUGCCAGUUCAGGCCCGGAGCGCUUCAGCUGUGCCACUUGCGGCCAGAGUUUCAAGCACUUCCUAGGUCUCGUGACUCACAAGUACGUGCACCUGGUGCGACGGACCCUGGGCUGCGGCCUCUGCGGCCAGAGCUUCGCGGGCGCCUACGACCUGCUCCUGCACCGCCGCAGCCAUCGGCAGAAGCGGGGCUUCCGUUGCCCGGUGUGCGGGAAGCGCUUCUGGGAGGCGGCCUUGCUGAUGCGCCACCAGCGCUGCCACACGGAACAGCGGCCGUAUCGGUGCGGCGUGUGCGGCCGAGGCUUUCUGCGCUCCUGGUACCUGCGGCAGCACCGCGUGGUGCACACUGGCGAGCGGGCCUUCAAGUGUGGCGUGUGCGCCAAGCGCUUCGCGCAGUCUUCCAGCCUGGCCGAGCACCGGCGGCUGCACGCGGUGGCCCGGCCCCAGCGCUGCAGUGCCUGCGGCAAGACCUUCCGCUACCGCUCCAACCUGCUGGAGCACCAACGGCUGCACCUGGGCGAGCGCGCCUACCGCUGCGAGCACUGCGGCAAGGGCUUCUUCUAUCUGAGCUCGGUGCUGCGCCACCAGCGCGCCCACGAGCCGCCGCGGCCCGAGCUCCGCUGCCCCGCCUGCCUCAAGGCCUUCAAGGAUCCUGGCUACUUCCGUAAGCACCUGGCUGCCCACCAGGGCGGCCGGCCCUUCCGCUGCUCCUCCUGCGGCGAGGGCUUCGCCAACACCUACGGCCUCAAGAAACACCGUCUGGCGCACAAGGCAGAGAACCUCGGGGGUCCUGGAGCAGGGGUUGCCACCUUGGCCGGGAAGGAUGCCUGACCGAGGGCUUCCCAUCCCACGCCCAUCAGAAGCCCCCUUCUGGACUCCCUCCUCCCAGGGCUCAUCAGACUCUUCCCCCCACCCUCGCUGUUGCCCGCUCCUUCAGAACUUCCGACGGACUGGCGACCUUCAGGCGCACGCCCGACAGGCUCAAGACUGAAUCACUCCCAUCUUCGACCUCUCCGCCCUCUCAUCCCAUCAGAUACUGAACCCGAUCCUCCGUCCAACCCUCUCUUGUGACCCUCGUCAGCCCCCGCCCCAGCAACGCUCUGCCCCAGUAAACUUUGGCGGAGAUGGGUCGGAACAGCCCCUCCCCGUCCUUUGAAAUCUGGCUGGACAGUGGAGUAUGAGCAGAGUUGGGAGGGCACAAGGGGGUGCUGGGUGCUCUUUGGGGUGGGCGGGUGGGAGUCGGGGUGGCAGACGCGGCUUGUACAAAGCGGAGAAUAAUAAACCUUAUCAUGAGGGCC